CCACAAACCAGGAAGAAGGGACAAGGACAGUGAACCCAAACAAUCAAAGGUGUGGGAGUGGAAAACCCCCAAAUUUUCCUACGCUUUCUCUCUCUAGAAAUCUGUUUCCUGGAAAAAAAAAUGGCUACGAAAGUCCCCAUUGGUGCUGGGUUAAGCUUGGCUUCGCCGCCAUGUGCUUCCAACGUCCGUUCACUUGUCCUCAAAUCUGCCUUCUUUGGUCAUGGUGUGGGAGCUCUAAAAGUUAGAGGAAUACGAAUAGCUCGUUCCAGUACAUACAGAUGUAAUGGUCAUGGAGGGGGUGCUCUUGGUACCCAGAUGAACCUUUUCGAUCGAUUUGCUAGAGUUGUCAAGUCAUAUGCAAAUGCGAUUUUAAGCUCCUUUGAAGACCCUGAGAAGAUUCUAGAACAAACUGUGCUUGAAAUGAAUGAUGACUUAACGAAGAUGCGUCAAGCUACAGCACAAGUUCUGGCAUCUCAAAAGCAGUUGGAAAACAGAUAUAAAGCUGCACAACAGGCUUCUGAAGAUUGGUACAAAAGGGCACAACUUGCUCUUGGAAAGGGAGAUGAGGAUCUUGCCCGUGAAGCUCUUAAGCGGCGUAAAUCUUAUGCUGAUAAUGCAAAUGCUUUGAAGGCUCAGCUUGAUCAGCAGAAGACUGUCGUUGAAAAUCUUGUCUCUAAUACACGGCUUUUGGAAAGCAAGAUACAGGAGGCAAAAUCAAAGAAAGACACUCUCAAAGCACGUGCUCAGUCUGCAAAGACUGCAAGCAAAGUGAGUGAGAUGCUGGGGAAUGUAAAUACAAGCAGUGCUCUUUCAGCUUUUGAAAAGAUGGAGGAAAAAGUGUUAGCCAUGGAGUCUCAAGCUGAGGCACUCAAUCAGUUAUCCACUGAUGAUCUUGAAGGAAAGUUUGCAUUGCUGGAGAGUUCUUCAGUUGAUGAUGAUCUUGCAAGCUUGAAGAAGGAACUAUCUGGGAGCUCAAAGAAAGGAGAGCUGCCACCUGGGAGAACCGCGGUUGCCUCAAACACAGCAUUCCCUUUCCGAGACUCUGAGAUUGAAAAGGAGCUGAAUGAACUGAGGAGAAAAGCAAGUGAGUUCUAGAACCCAUGUUCACAACCCAAAGAUCCACUCUCUACUCCAAGAAAGUUGUAUUUCUUUCACCAGAAAAUUCUGCAAGUACUUUACAUAGCCAUUAACAGUGUACAUUUACCAGUAUCUCCUGAACAAUGUGAGGUAAUCUUCAGCAUUUUAUUGUUGUACAUGAUCCCCUUACAGACUUUCUUUUACUAUGGAUGAUUUCUUUCAUAAUUCUAUAUCAUCUAAUUCCAUAUUUAA